CGACGGCCCGGAAGUGGCGGCGGGCGCUCCGGAAGGAGACGUGGCGGCGGUUGGGGCCCCGCUGCCCGCUCGCGGCCGGCCGCCUCCUCCCUGCGCCCGGCUGGCGGCGGCUGAGAGCGCGGCGGAGGAUGGAGGGCGGCGGCGCGCGGAGCCCGCUGCUGCUGCUGCUCUGCGGCCUCCUGCGGGCAGCGGGCGGCGGCCGGGCGCUCCCGCCGCUCAGCGAUGACAUCCCCUUCCGAGUCAACUGGCCCGGCACCGAGUUCUCUCUGCCUACAACUGGAGUUUUGUAUAAAGAAGAUAAUUAUGUCAUCAUGACAACUACACAUAAAGAAAAAUAUAAAUGCAUUCUUCCCCUUGUAACAAGUGGAGAUGAGGAAGAAGAAAAGGAUUAUAAAGGCCCUAAUCCAAGAGAGCUGCUGGAACCACUCUUUAAGCAAAGCAGUUGUUCUUACAGGAUUGAGUCUUACUGGACUUACGAAGUAUGUCAUGGGAAACACAUCCGGCAGUACCAUGAAGAGAAAGAAAGUGGGCAGAAAGUAAAUAUUCAUGAAUACUACCUUGGAAAUAUGUUGGCUAAGAACCUUCUGUCUGAAAAAGAACAAGAAGCAGAAGAAACAGAAAAAUCAAAAGAGAUUCCUACUAAAAACAUUGAAGGUCAGAUGACACCAUACUACCCUGUGGGGAUGGGAAAUGGGACACCUUGUAGUUUGAAACAGAACCGGCCCAGAUCCAGUACUGUGAUGUACAUAUGUCACCCGGAGUCCAAGCACGAAAUCCUCUCCGUAGCCGAAGUCACAACUUGUGAAUAUGAAGUUGUCAUUUUGACACCACUCUUGUGCAGCCAUCCUAAAUAUAGAUUCAGAGCAUCUCCUGUGAAUGACAUAUUUUGCCAGUCACUGCCAGGAUCACCAUUUAAGCCCCUCACCCUGAGACAAUUGGAACAGCAGGAAGAAAUACUGAGAGUGCCUUUCAGGAGAAAUAAAGAGGAAGAUCUGCAAUCAACUAAAGAAGAGAAAUUCCCAGCAAUCCACAAACCUAUUGCUGUUGGCUCUCAGCCUCUGCUCACCGUUGGAACAACCCACAUUUCCAAGCUGACAGAUGACCAGCUCAUAAAGGAGUUCCUUAGUGGGUCUUACUGUUUUCAUGGGGGUGUUGGCUGGUGGAAGUAUGAGUUCUGCUAUGGCAAACACGUCCAUCAGUACCACGAGGACAAGGACAGUGGGAAAACCUCUGUGGUAGUGGGCACCUGGAACCAAGACGAGCACAUCGAGUGGGCCAAGAAGAACACAGCGCGCGCCUAUCACCUCCAGGAUGAUGGCACGCAGACGGUCAGGAUGGUGUCACACUUUUAUGGGAAUGGAGAUGUUUGUGAUAUAACUGACAAACCAAGACAGGUGACUGUGAAGCUAAAGUGUAAAGAAUCAGAUUCUCCUCAUGCUGUUACAGUAUAUAUGUUAGAGCCUCAUUCUUGUCAGUAUAUUCUUGGGGUUGAAUCUCCAGUGAUCUGUAAAAUCCUAGACACAGCAGAUGAAAAUGGACUUCUUUCUCUCCCCAACUAAAGGAUAAUAAAGUCCAGGGAAAGAAAAGAUCAUUGACAGUUAUGAUUUCUGAACUGAACCUCAUACGAAAGAUCAUAAAAGGACUCAGCUGUUUGUGAAUAAUAUGUGUAUAUAAGAGGUUAUAGAUAAACUUCAAUUGCUGACAUUUCUCUCACUUUUUUUUCAUAUUUUUGUUGUGUCUUAUGAACUGAUUGUGCACAUUUUUCAUUGCUUGGCUAAUGUGAUUUCAAAAUAAAUCUCAUCCAAGCAAUUUAGAAUCCAGUCUAAUUAAAUGUCUUAAUUGUUAUACCUAUUGAAGAAUUUUGAAUAAAUUUAUUAUGUAAAUUAUAUGUAACUAGUUAAUGAAGCAAAAAUAAUGAAGAAAGAAAAUAAUAGGCAGUUGUUCAAAUGAGAGACUGUAAAAUAUGUAAAUUCUAGUGCCUAAAAUCUUGCCAACAAAAUUUUUAUUUAGCAACCGCUCCGUACCAGGUAAUAAGUUAGAAACUUAAUAGAGCCUUACAAAUAAGUUUUUUUUAACCUCUGUCAAUCUCAAGAAACUCCUAUUUGUAAUAAGUUGCUUCUCUCUUAAUUUUGAGCUCUUUCUUUCUCCUUGACAUUAGUAUGUUUGUCCCAAUCUAUAUGCCCGGUAUAGAUAGUCAGUGAUACUCUUUUGAUUUUAAAUGGUUUACUCUAACAAAACACACUGUGCUGGCUAGCCUUUGUGCUCGCCUACUGUAUACUGCAGAUUUUAGUUUGACAGUUUUAUAGCACAAUAUUUAUUUUUAAGUGAAUAAAGCAUCCACAAGCAGUGUUGCAAUGUA